UUCCAGAAAUUUCUCUAACCGACCGCUCGCAGUCAAGUGUCAAACAGCUGAUUAGAAGUUGCGUCGACUCAGGAGCUUUGUGGUCACUUCAAACAAAAAAUAAACAAUUAUUCGAAGUGUUUUUGUGUAUUUUCAAUCCAGUGCCGGUUUUUUUCGCAUAAGUGCCCAGUUAGUGGUUGCAUGUAUGAAUAACAUGACAGGAGACCCUAACCAAGAAAACCGUCCGUCAGUUUUCGGUUUUGAACCGUACCCUUCCCUCAACGUGCAGCCCAUCGAUUGGAGUCGCAUCCCAUUCGAGCCUUCGGCAGCCCCAGUUAUCCCCCAGGGACAGUUUAACCCGUCGUUAAGUUACCAACAGCUACCUUCAAGUAUAGGACAUUUCUCGUUUUGUGCAUCCCAGACCCCACAUCCGGCUCAGUUCCCGUUUCCUUCCAGCCCUCCAAUCGAAAAUAAUGUACUGGCACACCAUUCCCUACCUUCAGUGCGCUGCAAGAGAAAAACGGAGUCGCCACCGUUACAGCCUUGCAAGCAACAUAUCACAGAGGAGAAGAUGGCAGAGCACAUGUCUCGCUUGCACAUAAGUUCCGAAACGGCGACUUCGUCGCGGGAAACAGAAGGGGACAGAACUAGGCGUUUGUACAUGUGUGAGGAGAUGAGGAAAUUGCAAAGCGAUUCGAUUCUUCCCCAGUCUCUGUUGUCCAAAAUUCAACGACCUUGUACAGCCCUGGUCUUGUGGACGCCGCCUCGGCGGUUAAUUCCUUUAGAAAACACAGAGAAUGAAAAUAAUAACGAGGAAGAGGCCCCUGAUCAGAAUAAGAUGGCCAUGGAGGCCGACAUGAACAAUAUGGACCUAGAUAAUGUUUAAGUUCUUCUUCCAAUGAUUAUUCUCAAAGACUGAUGAUUUUUAUUGAGAUAUUGCGUUCCUAGCCUUAUUUUUUUAUCGUGAGGUGGAAUUAAUGGACGAAGUGGUGUUACACAGACCAGUUUUUUGCAAUCGAGCUUUAAGUAAUUUAUAAUUUUUUAAGAAUCUAACGAAUUGACCUAUAAUGGAUUUAAGGAUUGCUCACGUUUGUUCGUUUACCGUUUUUUUACUACUAUACAUUGCUGUAUUAGACGUAAGUGUCUUUUUUUAGUUUAGUUUUGUAGUGAUUUGUUAAUUCUUAACAUUUUUUGGUUGUGUUUUGUAAUGGCAGUGCAAUUGGCCACAAUAAAGCGAUUACUCUUAA